CCAUGAGCUUCACCCUUCAAGGUAUAUUUCUAGGCACUCUAGCUAUUCCGCUCUGGCUAGAUUCGCCGCCUAUAUUUCAAGGUUUAUGGAGGGUAGGCCUCGUUGAUUCGGAUAAACAUAUUCAUGAUCGCCAAAAAAUCUAUCUGGAACUAGAUUGAACUCUACGGAUUAAGAUGUCUGCUAUCUUUAAAAAAGCCAACACGGCCGUCAUUACAGGUGGUGCGUCAGGCAUCGGCCUUGCUCUGGCGCAGAAGUGCGUCGGGUACGGUAUGAGAGUCCUCGUUGCAGAUUGGGGCACCGAAACUCUGGGGAAAGCUGGCGAGACCCUUGGGAGCGCCGCGCGUACUGUUCACAUGGAUGUGAGUAAGCCGGAGGACUGGAGCAGGCUCAAGGACCGAGUUACGAAGGAGUUUGGAGGCCAGAUCAACCUCCUAGCGCUCAACGCCGGGGUCAACGCCAAGACGAGCUUCGAGGGCGAGGGAGCAGACCCUGCGGCGUUCCAGAGGAUUCUUAAUGUGAACUUUUUAGGCAUUGCCAACGGUAUUCUAACGCUACUACCGCUGGUCAAGGAGAAAGCAUCUGCUUCCGCCGACUACCAGGCCGCGGUAGUCAUCACGGGCUCGAAGCAGGGCAUUACCAACCCGCCAGGCAACCCGGCAUACAACGCCAGCAAAGCCGCCGUCAAGUCCCUGGCCGAGCAGCUGAGCUUCGACCUGCGGGCGCAGAGCAACAUAAGCACGCACCUGCUGGUUCCGGGCUGGACGUGGACGGCGCUAGCGGGCGCUGCCCCCGGACGGCAGAAGCCCGAGGCGCCGUGGACGCCGGCGCAGGUGGCGGACUAUCUGGAGCAGAAGAUGGGAGAGGGGAAGUUCUGGGUGCUGUGUCCGGAUAACGAGGUGGAUGAGGAGACGGAUAGGCGGCGGAUGUCGUGGACUGCGGAUGAUGCGCUGAAGGGGAGGCCGCCGCUGAGUCGCUGGCGAGACGAGUAUAAGGAUGAGUUUGCAGCGUGGAUGGAGAGGAAAUGAAGGGUGUUGAGUUGGAGCGUGCCUCAUGUUGGAAGGAGUAAGGGCCCUUCGUCAUAAUUGUAAAUCCCUACUUUUGAUCUCGUAGGGUAUCUGCAAUAAGGAGAAGUUAGUUAUUAUAUGCUGUUAACAAUGCUGCUG